AUGAACAUUGCAUCACUGAAAAUGUCUGCCUUCAGUGAUGAAAAUGCUGGAAUUCCAGUCAGUCCAAGAAAACUCUUGUCUCCAAUACAAGCCAUGGGCCUUGUCUUGAGAGAUUCCAACAGAGCAAAUAUUUCCAGUUUUCCUGAUCAUUCAUUUUCUGAAAAGACAAAUCAUGAUGUGAAAUUGGAUAACUCUGAAGAUGAUGAUGGUGUUAUCUCUUUCAAACUGCCAUCUGCCUUAUCUGAUGGCAUGGAACUGAAUCCCUUCCACCCAAGGACACAGAUCCAAAACCCACCACUCACGACCAAUCAGCAUGUGCAAGACAACAUGACAGAGUCAACUCAAAGCAGAAAAAAGCAUGAAUCAGACCUUGAGACUCGGUCUGCUGCAGAGUAUGGUGUUUCUCCAUGUCUUAGCAAAGACAUUGCUUGUGGAGAGAAUUACCAAAACACAAACAGCAUUGAGAGUAAUACACAUUCUACUGGGGUAGCUUUAGUUUGCAGCAGUGAUACUCUGGACUAUAUCUCAACAGGUGGAAUAAAAUUUGAUAUUGAUAUACCCCAGGUGGAAAAACCCUUUAUUACAAGAAGCCAACUGGCAAACACUAUUGAAAAAUGUGCACCAGGACUGGAUGAAGAUCCCUUCACUACAAGAAGCCAACUUGGAAACACACCUACAAAAUGUGUAUCAGGAUUGGAUGAAAAUCCCUUCACUACAAAGAGCCAACUUGGAAACACACCUACGAAAUGUGCACCAGGACUGGAUGAAGAUCCCUUUACCACAAGAAGCCAACUUGGAAACACGCCUACAAAAUGUGCACCAGGACUGGAUGAAAAUCCCUUCACUACAAAAAGCCAACUUGCUAACACACCUGGAAAAUGUGCACCAGGACUGGAUGAAGAUCCCUUAACUACAAAGAGCCAACUUGGGAAGACUCCUGAAAAAAGUGAAUCAGGACUGGAUGAAAAUCCUUUCACUACAAAAAGCCAGCUUGGGAAGACUCCUGAAAAAGGUGCAACAGGACUGGAUGAAGAUCCCUUUACUACAAGAAGCCAACUUGGAAACACACCUACGAAAUGUGCACCAGGACUGGAUGAAGAUCCCUUUAACACAAGAAGCCAACUUGGAAACAUGCCUACAAAAUGUGCAACAGGACUGGAUGAAAAUCCUUUCAGUGCAAAAAGCCAGCUUGGGAAGACUCCUGAAAAAGGUGCAACAGGACUGGAUGAAGAUCCCUUUACUACAAGACGCCAACUUGGGAAGACUCCUGAAAAAAGUGAAUCAAAACUGGAUGAAAAUCCUUUUACUACAAAAAGCCAGCUUGGGAAGACCCAUGAAAAAAGUGCAACAGGACUGGAUGAAGAUCCCUUUACUACAAGAAGCCAACUUAGAAACACACCUACAAAAUGUGCACCAGGACUGGAUGAAGAUCCCUUUACCACAAGAAGCCAACUUGGAAACAUGCCUACAAAAUGUGCAACAGGACUGGAUGAAAAUCCUUUCACUGCAAAAAGCCAGCUUGGGAAGACUCCUGAAAAAGGUGCAACAGGACUGGAUGAAGAUCCCUUUACUACAAGAAGCCAACUUGGGAAGACUCCUGAAAAAAGUGAAUCAAAACUGGAUGAAAAUCCUUUUACUACAAAAAGCCAGCUUGGGAAGACCCAUGAAAAAAGUGCACCAGGACUGGAUGAAGAUCCCUUUACUACAAGAAGCCAACUUAGAAACACACCUACAAAAUGUGCAACAGGACUGGAUGAAAAUCCCUUCACUACAAAGAGCCAACUUGGAAACACACCUACAAAAUGUGCAACAGGACUGGAUGAAAAUCCUUUCACUGCAAAAAGCCAGCUUGGGAAGACUCCUGAAAAAGGUGCAACAGGACUGGAUGAAGAUCCCUUUACUACAAGAAGCCAACUUGGGAAGACUCCUGAAAAAAGUGAAUCAAAACUGGAUGAAAAUCCUUUUACUACAAAAAGCCAGCUUGGGAAGACCCAUGAAAAAAGUGCACCAGGACUGGAUGAAGAUCCCUUUACUACAAGAAGCCAACUUAGAAACACACCUACAAAAUGUGCAACAGGACUGGAUGAAAAUCCCUUCACUACAAAGAGCCAACUUGGAAACACACCUACAAAAUGUGCAACAGGACUGGAUGAAGAUCCCUUUACCACAAGAAGCCAACUUGGAAACACGCCUACAAAAUGUGCACCAGGACUGGAUGAAAAUCCCUUCACUACAAAAAGCCAACUUGGAAACACACCUGGAAAAUGUGCACCAGGACUGGAUGAAGAUCCUUUUACUACAAAAAGCCAACUUGGAAACACACCUACGAAAUGUGCACUAGGUUUGGACAAAAAUCCCAUUACUACUAGAAGCCAGCGUGAGAAAAUGUCUGAAAAAUGUUCACCAGGACCAGAUGAAAAUCCCAUUACAAGAAGCCAACAUGGGAAGACACUUGAAAUGAGCGCACCAGAAAUGCAAGCAAAUUUUGUGGCAGAAAAACCUAACAUAAAAGCUGAUCAGACGGUAGCAGAUGCACGGGUUAUUUGCGUGGAAGCCAUAAUUCUCAGAAUAAAUUUGCAGAUGUGCUCACUGAUAUUUCACAAACUGUUCAUUCGGACUGAGAACAAGUCUGCUGUAAAAGGAGAUGAUCUUAUUACAUCGCGGUCAAGAAACUGCACCUUAGAAGGGGAAGAAACAAAUGUGUUGCCUGAAGGAGAACUGCCUGCCAUAACUGUUUUAAGUUCCCCAGCAAAAGAAUUUGAGUUGGCUAGCAGUGAAGAGAUGGAGCCUUUCAAAGAAAACAAAAUGUUAAAUUUGUCAGCUGCUGUUAGUACAUCAGGUGGAGUUCUAAAUGGAAAUAAUUUUUUCCUGACAAGACCAAAUUUUACUGAAAAUUCAGUAAAAGACAAGACUGAAACAAAGCAUGAAAAAUCACCUAAUGUAGCCUUGCAGCCUUAUGAAAUUGGGGAUUUUGUGGCAGAGAAUGACCGUGAAGCAGAACAGAGGCUGUCAGCACAGAGUGCUGUAGGUAACAAGGCUAACAUUGAGACAACUGAACACCCCUUGGAAGCAUUAGAAAACACUGAUCCUAAUGAUUUGAAAUCAGAAUGGAAGGUUUUUGAUGUUCUGGGAAAUGGGGAAGAAUUCGCCAAAGCCUUGGAAGAGCAUAAUCCAUUGCUGCUUGCCAGUGAAUUAGAACUUGGAAUAGAAGAGAACAUGUUUCUUCCAGGAACACAAGUCUUCAGCGACCCCUCAGCUUGGGAGCUUCUUGAAAAGUUUGGUGGUGAUGCUGCAAAAGAGUCAGACCUUCGAAAGCAGUCUCUGUAUGUUAAAUUUGAUCCUCUUGUAAAGCCUCUGACAAGAUCCCCAGAGAAAAUGCCAGCUCCAGCACAUGCAGCUCCUAGGAAAGUGGCAGGCCGACAUACAGAGAUAAACACAUCUUUGUUGAAUAACUCUUCAGCCGAAGAGAGUCUUUGUUUGUUUGGUACUCCUCCUCGUGUUGCUCGUCGUCGCUCUAUUUUGAACCAGCGAAGAAUAAAUGCAUCUGUUUCACAAACAAUCGACGAAGAAGAGGCAGUUAAACAAGUGGACUUAUUUUUUAUGAAUGGGGAAGAAGAUUCACAUCAGUUUAUUAAUGACCAGUCACAUAAGAGGCUUUCUGCUGUUACUAAUCUAGUGCAAGUUGAAGAGAUUCCCAAAUUUACGGAAUCAGAAUGGCUUCGAAUGCAGCAGACACUGAAAUUGCAAUAUGAGGGUCUGAUGCUGAGCAAGGAACGUGAAUUCACUUCAGCACUACAAGAGGAAAGAGUGAAAGUUACAACGCUGGAGGAGGAAGUUCAAAACUUCAAGUCUAAAAAUAAAAUUCUCAGUGACAGUGUGCUGUCAAUGAAGACAGUUGUUGCUGAAUAUGAGAAAACCCUUGAAGUAUUGAUAGCUACCAAGGAAAAGACAACAGAAGAAGCAAGACGCAAAGUAGAAGCACUUCAAGCAGAAAAAGAUCAGGCACUAGAUGACGUGCAGGCAUGGGACAAAUCUUUUUCUCAACUUCACUGCCGAUACGAGAAAAUGAAGACAGUGCUAGAGGGGUUCAAAAAGAAUGAAGAAACACUUAAGACGACGAUAAAAACUUUGCGAGACAAGCUAAAGGAAUCAGAAGAUAAAACGGUGAAGGUCAAGGCAUGUGCUGAGGAAAAAAUUGCUGAAGUCGCCAAGAGACUGGAGCAGACCAAAGCAGAUAAUGUGCGUGCAGAGGCAGAGCUGAAACGAAGACAGCUGCAGGUUCAGAGUUUAGAAAGCACCUUAGAGCAAAAGGCUAAAGAGAACAAAGAGCUGACUGAUCUCUGUGAGACACUCAUAAAUCAAGUUGGGGGGAGCAGGAAGUGAGGUUUUCAAAAAACAGGCUGACAUGAGUAGGACAAAAGUGUUCUUAUAACUGCUUACAUUUUUAUGUGUUUUAUUCAGCCACAUAGAAACAGUCUAGAAAUGCACAUUUGUACAUUUCAUUUACAAUCUUUAAAUGGUUUCAACAAUCCUGUUUUCAGAUGCUAUUGAAGCAAUUUUGGAACGUUAAAAUCUGUAUAAGCACAUUCUCUCCUGACAACCAGUAGUAACUGAUUUAUCCUGUGAGUCUCACAUCAUUAUAUCCAUGCUAUGUCUUAAUUGCUUUUGAUAGCUUCUCUGGUAAUGUGUGAGUGUUCUAUGUAGAGCACUUUUUUUUUUUACUUGUCUUUGCUGCUUGCUGCUUUUCCAGCUUCAGCUUUAUAACAUAGAUUCUCUUUAUGGCAUACUGUAUGUGCCAUUUCAAUUAUGUGAAUGGUGAGAUAAUUCCUGAACUUAGUUUUGUCUGAAGUGUGUUUUUCCUAAUAGGAAAUGCACCCUAUUUUGUACCUGUGCCCAAAAUUCUUAAGAGGAAUUUAAUCUAUAUAGAUGGUAUUUAAAAGAAAUCAAAAGAUGGAAAUGGGAUAAGUGAAUAACUCACUGUUACACUUAAAGACUAACUUAACAUAAAAGGUGUAGUAUAUUGUACAUAAAAAUGAGUAUUUGUUUAAAAUAUAGCCAGUUUUGAAUCAACUUAUUACAACUUCUGUCAUUGUUUUUCUUCUUCCUGAUUUUUUUUAUGCAAGUUGAAAGAUGUAGAAUGUAAAUAUAUCAUUUAAAAAUACUAUGAUAAAUUGUGCCUUUAUCUUUGUUUUACCUGUUUUUUUUUUGUUUUUUUUUUGCAACUGCAUUGUAAAAUAAAUAAUAAAUAAAUAAGCAAUAAAUAGCUAUUGGAUAGAUCCCUUAAGAACACGUAUUUCACAUUACAGUUACACAUAACACUACAUAACAGCUACAGUUAAUAAUGCACAAAAAUCUUUCUCCCACUUUUUUUCUUUCACUUGUAAAUCUGUAAUGAAAAUCUCCAGUUACAUUAAACACAUAACAGGCAUAGAUAUAUGUACACAAUUGUUAGCCAUAGAAAAAUAGAACACAAGACUUGUACAUAGCUGCCUAUGAUGAUGAUGAUGAUGAUGUAGUUUUGUAGCGCGCUAGUAUCCGCAUCACAAAGAUGCGCUCAAUGCCUAUCACAUCAAACCUGCAUACCAUACACUUUGUAUAUGAAAAAAAAAAUUAAGCGGUUAAAAUCACAUGUAAAUAUUGAAAAAAAUGUCAAAUAUCACCCUCACACACACUUGUCCAUAUCAGAAAACUAAUGUCAAACACCAUAUAUAUCCAAUCCCAAUAAAGUCAUCACGUGUAUAAAACAAUCACCAAUGGUACCUCCUGUUGUGUGUGUAUAUAUAUAAAAGAAAGGGAAUACAAAGUAGAGCAAAUUCCACAAAGUUGUAAAGAUGACUUUUCAGUUUGGUGAGGAUGCAGUCAUGGAGUGGUCUGUUUUAUAUCUAAAUUAAGUACCAUGUUCCCCUGAAAAUAAGAUCAGGGCAUAUUAAUUUUUACUCAAAAAGUGGUAUUAGGGUUUAUUUUCAAAAUUCUUAUUUUUUUAUGUACAAAAAUCUAGCUUUAUUAUAAUACAGCCAUCUUCUGGAA